CGGUUCUCGAAGGUUGUGGAGAGAGAAGCGGCCGGCGCGGCGCCGCUCUAGGAUAUGAAAGAUGGCAAGUCCAGAUAGAAGUAAACGGAAGAUUUUAAAGGCGAAAAAAACAAUGCCUCCAAGUUGCCGGAAGCAAGCAGAGAUCUUGAAUAAGUCAAAGAAUGUUGAAGCACUAAAAACAGCAGCAAUUGGGAAUAAUGUGUCAAGUGGUAAUCAGAAUUCAAGUACUGAUGUCAUAAGUAGCAAAUGUAGACAUUCUGAAAAUGAUGCUUCCUCUUUGGACUCUAUCAAAAAUUCAGUAUGUGCACCAAAAAGUAAAGUAUUUUCUCAGAAUUUAAUAAAACCACUAGAAAUUGUUGAUUCCAAAACAAGAUUAGAAUACACUGAAGAACAAGUUGUGUACCCUUAUGAAAAGCCAAGUAAAACAGUAGAAUCUCCCAGGAAACUCUUUACACAAGACGCAAAAUAUUCACGAAACACUUCUGAAAACCAUUUUGAAUGUCAGGCAAGUGUAACACGAUCCUUUUUUGAACAUGAAGAGGAUUGUAAUCUGAAAUCCAUUUGCUGUCCAUCCAGUGUAUUGAGUGGUGUAGUUCAAAUGUCAAAGUCUACAAUAACCAAUACCUUGGAUGAUAAGAGAAUUGACAAGAUAGUUUCCUAUUUAGAAAUAAACUCCAAUUCUGAGUUACAUGAUAAAAGACAAAAUAACACUUUAAUUUUAAGUUCAGAUACCUCUUUUGUGCCUGUUGAUAAAAUACCUAAGUUGGUAAAUUCAGUCAUUUCUAGUAACUGUGCUGCUGACAUUUUGAAAAGUGAAGAAUCCUGUAGAACCUGUCAUUCCAGCAUUUUAAGUUGUGAAAGUACAGAUGCAAAGUGGCUGUCCUCAUUUGACACUGAUAGUAAUAACAGCCAUAAUCAAAAGAAGAGGAUGUUUUCAGAAAACAAAGAAAAUGUUAAGCGUGUGAAAACUUCAGAGCAAAUUAAUGAAAAUAUUUGUCUAGCUCUGGGAAAGCAAACAGCAUUGCUGGAACAGGUCAGACAUUUGAUUCGACAGGAGAUCUGUAGUAUAAAUUACAAACUAUUUGAUAACAAACUGAAAGAAUUGACUGAACGCAUUGGGAAGACACAGUGCAGGAGUAAACAUGAAGCAAUAGCUGAUGAACUCUUUACAAAAAUAACAAAACUUCAAAGACGUAUUAAAACGGUAAUGUUAUCUCAAAGGAAUUGUGUGGAACCAAACGUGGUAUCCAGCAAUACAGCUUGUAAGGUUGCAAAUUCAGAGACUAUGAAUUUGGAUAAGAAUCCAGAGUCAGUUAAUAGUCCACAGGAAAGAAAAACUUCUGUGAACUCUGAACCUUCUAACCCUUCAGAAAAAGCAAGUGAAAAGAUUAAUUUGUCACGGGAACAUAAUGAGGCUGUUUCUGAAAGCAAUAAUGAUGAUAUCAUAUUGAUUUCUGUGGAAGGUCCUAAUUUGACAACUCCAAUUACAUCAGAUCCAACAGAUACUGGAAAAAUUACAUCAGGAAAUUCUAACAGUUCACCUGAUGCUGAAACUGAAGCUAUGAAGAAGAAACUUGAUUCUGUGAUUGAUCUAACGAAAGAAGGCCUGUCAAACUGCAACACAGAAAGUCCAGAAUCCAUGCUUGAGUUACCUACGAAAGCUAUUUCAAUCUCAAAAGAGACAACCCCAGUGGCACAAAAUGCAGCCCAGGUUCUUGAGUCCUUUGAGCACCUGCCACCUCUCCCAGAACCACCACCACUACUACCCGAACUGGUAGACAAAAUCCGAGACACACUUCCUCCCCAGAAGCCUGAGCUCAAAGUAAAACGGGUGCUGAGACCCAGGGGCAUUGCCCUGACUUGGAACAUAAUCAAAAUCAAUCCCAAGUGUGCCCCCGUGGAAAGCUACCACCUCUUCCUGUGCCAUGAGAACCCUAAUAAUAAGCUGAUCUGGAAGAAAAUUGGAGAAGUUAAAGCUUUACCACUCCCAAUGGCCUGUACUUUAUCUCAGUUUUUAGCUUCCAACAAAUAUUAUUUUACUGUCCAGUCAAAAGACAUUUUUGGGCGAUAUGGACCAUUUUGUGAUAUAAAAUCUGUUCCUGGGUUUUCUGAAAAUCUUACCUAA